ACGUCAAUUUUAUAAAAGUUUGUUUUUGUUUAUUUAUGAAUCCCUAUAACGUUUAAUAAAUGAAAAAUUAUUAACUGUAAGGAUUAUUAAUUAUCAUAAUAUUAAGAGAUUAAAGUAACUAUAGAAUAAUAAGAAAUAGUAUAUAUGCUUGUAAACAAUUAAACAAAACUUACGAAGUACCUGUGAUACAAGAUCUAUGCCAUGAUUUUGGGAAUUUUCUUAAUCAUUUUUUCAUUUUUUUUCGGCCAUAUUUAUAAUGAAGAAGGAACCAGUUGUGGGUGCAGUAAUUUUAACAGAAACAACUUUGAAAAUAAUUUAUUUUCAAACCACUUUAAUAAGGAUUUUUCGUCUGAGCAAUGUUUUUUGAAAAGUGAUAAUACAAUUGAAAAAUUUCAGAAGAGUUCAGUGAAUGAAAUGGUUUUAGUGCCCGGUGGUGAAUAUCAGAUUGGUACAGAUGAUAUAAUUAUAGAAACGGACAGUGAAGGACCUAGGAGGAUUAUUAAAAUUAACAGUUUUUAUUUAGACAAAUAUGAAGUAUCAAACAUUGACUUUUUUCAUUUCGUCACAAGCACAAAUUAUAAGACUGAGGCAGAAGUUUUUGGAGAUAGUUUCGUAUUUGGACUCUUUCUAAAUAGAACAUUUAAAGAAGAGCUGAAAGAUUACCGCGUUGCACAGGCCCCAUGGUGGUAUAAAGUGGAUGGUGCAGAUUGGAGACAUCCUUAUGGUCCAGAUUCAAAUAUAACAGAUGCCAUGGACCACCCAGUUAUACAUGUUUCAUGGAGAGAUGCUGUGGCAUAUUGUAAAUGGAGGAAUGCUAGAUUACCAACAGAGGCUGAGUGGGAGGCAGCUUGCCGUGGUGGUCACCGGGAUACAAAGUAUCCAUGGGGUGAUAAGUUGUUUCCUGAUAGAAAACAUAUGGCUAAUAUUUGGCAAGGUAAUUUUCCAAAUUACAAUUCAGCUAAAGAUGGGUAUGUUGGCACAAAUCCAGUUAAAUUAUUUUUGCAAAAUGAUUUUGGAUUAUAUAACAUGGCUGGAAAUGUGUGGGAGUGGACACAAGACACUUGGUCCAAAGAUCAACCUCAAGAGAAGGUAAAAAAAGGUGGAUCAUAUUUGUGUCAUCGUUCCUAUUGCUACCGUUAUAGAUGUUCAGCUCGGUCACACAAUACUGAGGAUAGUUCGGCGGGCAAUUUAGGAUUUCGUUGCGCCAAGUCUCUUAGUUAAGUGAAUAGUAAUAUUGAGAAUUAUUGAAUAUUAUAUCAAAGUACUUAAAAUAUGUCUUACCCUGCAUAUACUGGAAUUAAAUUGAUGGAUGUCUGUUUAUUGAAGAUGUAUUAUGUAUAAUAUAUAUCAUGAUACAUAUUAUAUAUAUGUUACUGUAAAAACCUUGGAAAAUUUUAGUAUUUACUAUUAGUAAACAUAAGACUUUAUAAAAAAGAGAUAAGUUGAUAUGUUUUUAGGGCUUUUACAAUUAUAGUUUGUAAAACUAAACAUGUAGUUUUACCAAUGAUGGUUGGCAAAAUAAUAAAAGAAUAAUGAUAAAUAAAUGAAUGUAAAUGAAUAUGGAGAAAAGGUAAGGGGCACUCUAAUCAUCGAGUUGGUGUUUUAGGGUUUGAAAAACCCUACUGUUAUGUGCACAAGUACGACAAGUACGAGCAACAGAUACGUCUAGAUAUGUCCAGUGGUAAAAUAUGUCUAUUUUUCGAAAACCUAUGACUUACUUUGUGAGAGGUAGUUAAAAUUCGAAUUGAACGAUGAGCACAACAUUUGGGACUUUUACCAUUAAUAAUUGAUAAAUCUUAGGGUUUACUGUAAUUCGUACUUUUACAGUAUAUAUAAUAUAUAAGUCGAUAUAACAUUGUCACACUUAAAGUCAAGACAUGACAGUUAAAAAUCAAGUUAUUUUAGUUAUCCUCGAGCUACAAUUAUUCCUGGCGGCACCGAGGCUUUAAAAAGUGAGUUAAAAACUUUAAUUGUUAUUAUUUUAAUUAGUGUUUUGAUUUAAUAAAAUGUACAGUACAUUCUUUAAAUUAAACACUUUGGUAAUAUUGAAUGUUCCUUGUUAUUUUUGUUAGCAACUUAUUUUUAAUUAAUUGUAAGUAAAGAUCGUGUAACUAUAAUAAGUGAUACUUAAUAGCACUUAACUAUAACAUUUGCCAUAUACCAUAACGCCAAUAGCGGUCCUGUUUACCAUAUAAACAGUAGGUGUAACAACUUCCCUGAAUGAGAUUAUAGAUGUUUGGUAUAAUUUCCAUUUACCUAUACUGGCUUACACGCGUUAAAAUAUUAAUGAAGGUGUUAUAAUUAGUUAAUAAAAUGAUUUACCUAUUCGCUUAAGGCAUAUGCUGAGGAAAGAUUUUUGUUAUAAUCCACAUUUUGUUGUUGAUCCAAAUUCUCGCAUGAUGGUAUAAUUUAAUUAUAUCUUAAAGGUUGCGGCUAACUGAGAACAGGUUACUCGAGUUUGUAAUUUAGCUCAUCUUUCAUUUAAACACGAGUUUCAUUAAAAAGUCUUAUACAUGCAAAAGUCAGUGAUAUUUUAGAGUCAUAUUUUUGUUCAUCUUGCGUUAGUUGCAAAGUUUCAUUGAAAAGUCUUGAACUGAAAUCAGUGGCGGGAUCUUAGGCUAUAAAGUGUGCAAACCACACAAGGCACUCGGAUACUAUGGCGAGACUAAAUUUUCUUAAAUCAUAUACAGCUGAAAUGGUGUUAAGAUACAUAUGGUCUGUGUUUUAUUGUUUGUUGUUGUAAAGACCAAUUGAAAAAUUUAAUCAAUGAUAGUUUCGCGAAAUUAUUGUUUUGUAGAUCAUCAUAAACUAAAUUUAUAAUAAUUUUGACAUAAAUAGAUAGAUAGAUACUCUUUAUUGUUUCCUCCAAAUGAAAUUAUUUAUAAAUGAAGACAUAUUAGAAAUUUAGUUUAUAUGGUCCUUAGAAUAAAGAUUUCGAUGUGAUAUGAUACUGAAUUUUUAAUUUUAGAGGGAUUUAGAAAUAUGGAGUUGACUCUAGUGUUUAUUUGUUUACAUUUUAAUUAAAUUCGGUAGAAACAGAUUUUAGGAAAAACUUGUUAGAAUCGAUUAGACGAUAUAUAUUUGUAUACUAUUACUUUUCCUGUACACAUAUAUAAUUAUAUUGUAAUGUAAUAGGUAAAUAGUAUUCAACUGUCGACCAUGGAAUUGUGCGAGUCGUGAUUAGACUAGUGAUAAUGAACAAAAGAACGCUAGACAAGUGAUAGAUACACAAGAAUAAACUAAAUAGGAUGAGUAUCAGAUGGCAUACACAUGUAUGUAUAGUUUUGCCGUUUUUAUUGUGAAUUAUGUCAUAAAAUUUUGAUAGUUUGGUACUUAAUUAAAAUUUGUAAGACUAUUUUUAAUAUAUUGUCGGAAGUUCAAAAUUA